AUAAGAGCGCGUAUGGAAGCAUAUGAGAAAUUGGACUACUAUCCUGCCUAAGUGAAAAUGUCCAAAAAUACUUCUCUUUAUUUUCGAAUUGUUGAGGGCAGGAAUCUCCCGGCCAAAGACGUAUCUGGAACCAGCGAUCCUUACUGCAUCGUUAAAAUUGACAAUGAAGUAGUGGCCAGGACUGCCACUGUGUGGAAGAAUCUAAAUCCCUUCUGGGGCGAGGAGUACACGUUACACCUCCCAAUGGGGUUCCAUUCACUCUCGUUCCAGGUCAUGGAUGAGGACACGAUUGGCCAUGAUGACGUUAUUGGAAAAAUUACACUGAGCAAAGAAGCCAUUGGAUCCCAAGCUAGAGGGUUAGAUAGCUGGCUGAACCUGACAAGGAUUGACCCUGAUGAAGAAGUUCAAGGAGAGAUCCAUCUCAGUCUGGAGCUUCUGAAGGGUACAAAGAAGAUCAGCCUGCGAUGUCAAGUCAUUGAAGCCAGCUGUCUUGUCUUCUUCUCUGGUGAUUGCUACAGAGACUUGGCUCCAAGAGACAUUUCUGGAACCUCCGAUCCCUUUGCAAGAGUUAUUUUUAACAACCAUAGUGCAGAGACCUCGAUUAUCAAGAAGACCCGCUUCCCUCACUGGGGAGAGACCUUAGAGCUGGAUCUUGAUCAGGAGGAGUUGACUGAUGAUGGAACUGUCAUUGUGGAGGUCUGGGACUGGGACAUGGUGGGCAAGAAUGACUUUCUGGGAAAGGUGGAAAUCCCUUUUGCUUAUUUGCACAAGACACCUCUGUUAGAGGGCUGGUUUCGUUUGCUUCCCCUGGGGAACAAUGAGGUUGACACUAGUGGAAAACUGGGAGCGUUGCGCUUGAAGGUGCGUUUGGUGGAGGAUCGGAUCUUGCCGUCCAUGUAUUAUCAGCCUCUCAUCGACCUGCUGGUCGAGUCGGUGGAGGACAGCAGUGCUCUGACCAUGCUGGAGGAGGUGACCACGGUUGAGAGCCGGCAGGAUGUCGCAAUGACUCUGGUGAAGAUCUACCUGGGACAAGGCCUGGUGGUGCCAUUCUUGGAUUACCUCAACACCCGGGAAGUCAACCACACGACUGAUCCAAACACUUUAUUUCGCUCCAACUCACUCGCUUCCAAGGCCAUGGAACAAUUCAUGAAGGCUGUUGGCAUGCUGUAUCUGCAUGAGGUGUUGAAACCCAUCAUCAAUCGCAUCUUUGAUGAGAGAAAAUACAUUGAGCUGGACCCAUGUAAGAUUGACCUGAACCGCACAAGGCGCAUUUCAUUUAAGGGUGCCGUGUCUGAGGCUGAGGUACGGGACAGCAGCGUGGAGCUGCUGCAGAGCUAUUUAACCAGCAUCAUCGAAUCAAUUGUCGGCUCAGUUGAUCAGUGUCCUCCUGUCAUGAGAGUGGCCUUCAAACAGCUGCACAAAAGAGUAGAGGAGCAAUUCACUGAGCCGGAGCAUGAGGAUGUAAAGUACUUGGCCAUCAGUGGGUUCUUCUUCCUGCGUUUUUUUGCACCUGCCAUCCUCACGCCUAAACUGUUCCAGCUGAGAGACCAGCAUGCUGACACACGGACAAGCAGAACACUGUUACUACUGGCUAAGCGAUUUAAUGUGACCAAAGAUGUGAGCCAGGAGCAAAUACUGUAUCUUUACGGUCACCAGGCACUACAAAGUGUUGGCAACUUGGGCCUUCAGCUGGGCCAUGGAAAGGAGCAGUGGAUGGCACCACUUCAUCCUAUCAUCCUUCGCAGUGUGGCUUCUGUCAAGGACUUCUUGGAUAAGCUGAUUGACAUAGAUCAUGACAUCGUGUCCGAGGUGCCUCAGAGGGCUGUGUUCAUGCCUUCAGUCACUGUUAAGGAGGGGUACCUCCACAAACACAAAGCAGAGGGACCCCAGCUGCUCUCCCGCUUUGCCUUUAAAAAACGCUACUUCUGGUUGACUAGCGAGACACUGUCUUAUGCCAAGACCUCUGAAUGGCAGGUGCGCUCCUCAAUCCCGAUUCAGUGUGUGUGCGCAGUGGAGAGGGUGGAUGAAAAUGCCUUUCAGCAGCAGAAUGUAAUGCAGGUCAUCACUCAGGACAACGACGGACAGCUGCACACCAUGUACAUCCAGUGCAAGCAUGUGAAUGAGCUGAACCAGUGGCUGUCUGCGAUCAGGAAAGUCAGUAUCUACAAUGAGCGCAUGCUGCCCUCUUUCCACCCGGGGGCUCAUCGCAGUGGCAAAUGGACCUGCUGCCUGCAGUCGGACCGCGCUGGAUGCAGCAGAACUCACUCAGCUGUUACUCUGGGUGACUGGAGUGACCCGCUGGAUCCUGACGUAGAAACUCAAAUGAUAUACAAGCAACUUCUCCAGGGCAGGGACAAACUCAGGAAAAAAUAUGUGGAGAUGCCAGACUCCGAUCAAACGUCUAGCAAAAACGAAACGAGGGUCAACACUGACAUUCACCCAGAUGGUGCUGAAUGCAACGCUCAGCUCAUGAAGCCAGGUCAAAGUCUUGCUGCUCGGCUGUUGGUGGUGAUAGAGGAUCUGGAGCACGCUCACGCCGCCUUCCAGCACAGAGAAAAAGAGGACAAUGCCAGUGUCAUUCUGAAUCCCUAGACUACACACGGCCCGGCAUCUACUAAUGCCCGAAGGGUUUUGGUGACGGUAGGGGUGGAGGGGCACAAAUAUGAGAGCGUACCAAUAGCCUAAUUGUUGUGGAGGUGGAAAAAAGCCACAUGGUUCAACUUCCUCCGCCCUUUUAGUACAUUUCCAAAUAGUGUGAGCAAAGAUUCUGCUGCUUCUAAUCUUUUUGUAUUCUCCGAGUGCCACCGACAACAGCGCCAGGGGGAGAUUAUGAUACUUGAUGAUAAAUGGGGGCGAGGGACUUUGAAGCAUGAUCUGUCUUGAUCUUUUUUCUGUAGAUAACAAGCAAUCUGUUGCAUGGCCUGCAUCCACUCAUGAAAUGUGAAAAGAAGCUUUUCUAUUUUAAGAUACUGUACAGUCAAACAUUUUUAUGCAAGUAGCUUGUCUUCGUAUAAUCUAACGUACCUGAAUGUGAGGUAUUUGUAUACUACUACUUUAAGUGUUUUGUACUUUUAUUGAGGCAAUUUAUCACUAUUGCAACAAUGUAGCAGUGACAUUACUAUUACAUGCUAUUCCUCCAUGACAUUAUGAACUGGUGAUGCACAUGCCUCAGUAAAAUUAUCUGUCCAGUGUUCAAGAUUAAUAUUACAGACUUAUAUGUUGCUUUGGUUGGUUCCUUUAUACAAAAUGCUAUGCUUUUGUUUGGUGCUAUUCAAAUUGCCGUUUUGUUGUACAUUGCGUUUUUAAAAAUGUCCUUACACUUGUUGUAGCCAUUCUUAAAGUUAUAUGGGUAAUAUUUACCUGACUCACAAGUGUCAGGAUAUGUUUUAGAUGCCAAAUUUGUUUUUGAAGCUACAAAAAAAAAAAAAAAUCCAAAUACAUGUUGUAAAUCUUUUCCCAGAGAUACUCUCCAGCAUUCAUCCAGCCUAAGGCUAGAACAUAUUGAUGCACAUACCAGACAUGGUAACUCAUACUCUACAUUGCUAAAUGUACACAGUGGCAUGCAAAAGUGUUAAAAAAAAAGCAUGCGAGUGCAAAAACCUUAGAUGAAGGAGAACUGCACACCAAAUUCAACCCAGUUUUUGAUUAAUUUAAUUGAUCCUAAAUCUGAAGCUUUUUUGCAGAUUGGUUAAUCGUCAACUGACUUAGAUAAUAUAAACUGUAAUUUAACUGUAAUGUAACUUUGUAUUCAACUGCAACUGAAUUCGCAGCUUUCGAAAAUUCAUGACAUUGUAGCCAGUCCUCAGAACAAGAAUCAAGAAACAAGAAUCAUGGCUCUUAAGAAAAGACACUGACAGUCAACCAUUUAAAAUUCACAGUCAUGUUUUUCUGCAGGCAUACUGUAACUUUGAUCACUGCUGUAUUAUUCAAUAAAUUCAUAUUUCAAAAAAGUCUGCUGUCAAACUUGUGCUGCAG